AUGGAGAAAAAACGUAGAGAAGUGGAGAGAAAGAGUGAAUAUGGUGAGAGUCUUCUGCACUUUGGGUCUUUUUACGGCUUUGGCUCUGUUCGUGGCUUCAGCUCCAUUCGCAGCUUCGGGACUUCGGCUCUUCGGAUCUUUGGCUCUACGGGACUUUGCCGGUUCGGCAAUGUCAAGGAGGGACCGGCUAACUCGGAAAGUGCAGAACAGCCGGGCCCCCCUUUUGGGCCCUGGCCCGAUACAAAUGCACCUCCCCUCGCCACUUGGAAGGUUUCUCACUCACAGCCCAACUCUGGCCAUGAAGAGAGGGCAGAAUUUGGGGAGCAGCCCCUUGUGACCCCUCUGCUGGAUCCCAGAUCAGCUCUGGAGCUGGGUGUGAGCUUGGGGUGUGAUGCAAUAUGUAUCAGGUUCAAUGGAUUAUCUCUCAUCUACUUCGUCUUUCUGAUGGUGAUUCCGCUGGUGCCCAACCCUACAUACACCACAAUUAAAGGAACCUACAACUUUCUCUUUUCUUUCCAACCUUUAGGUCACACAGGGAAGUUCCUGAAGAGUAUUUACUACUGCAGCUUCCUGCUGUUACUUAUCCAGUCCUCCUUCCAGAUUGCCUUCCAUUACAUUCCACCAAAAGAUUACCUAUGGGAAACCAUUUUGGGUCAUUUUGGCAUCCUCAGACUUAGCCAAGUUGAUGCAUGGAACAUUGUCCGACUCCUAGCCUCCGAUAUAGGGAUGUUCCUAGGUGGUUAUUGUAUCCGAAGAGCCUGCAAGAAGCUGGUUAAAGUUAGAGCCCCCAAAAUCAGUUUUCGAGCCAACAGUCAGGAGGAAGAAGAGGAAUCAGAGUCAGAGAGUGAGUCAGAGGAAAGCGAAGGAGAAACAGAUUUUUCAACGGAAGAGGACUUGGGUGACAAAGAUCCUAAUGACUUACGUGCCAAGCUGAUCGAGAAAAUUACUCCCAUUAUAUCAGCAGUGAAAGCCCUGAUUGAUGCUCUCUUCACCACAGCUGGGAAGGUGGUGGUAACACUUCUUCUGGGUUUCUCAGGCAUCACCCUUCCCUCCAUAACUUCUGCUGUCUACUUUUUCACUUUCCUCUGGCUGUGUUCCUGGUGGGCUUGUAACCAUAGUGUUAGCCUUUUGGUGUUCAGCAGCCUCUGUGUCAUGGCUUCCAUCUUCAGUGCUGGUCAUCUUACUGCCUUAUAUCUGUACCAGCUUCCAAUCUUUCAAGAGCUCAUUCCUCCUCAAGACCUCUAUGCCAGACUUUUUGGUAUGACUGCCAUCAUCAGGACAAAUGGUACUAAAACCUGGAUCAUCCAUCUUCAUCAUGAAUUACAGUGGCCGGUCUUCCUGAACCCACUUAUUCUGCUAUUCAUGUAUUAUACUCUGGUCAUGCUCCUGAAUAAUUGGAACAAGGUCCCUAUGGUUAACUGUUGCCAGGAAACUGAAGAAAAGAUGGUUGUUCCACACUCAAAGGAACAUCAGGAAUUGGAUGGAAUGUUAUGGCCUUCCCAUGCUGAAAUGUUACAAACUGAAUACCUUUCACACAAUGGUUGGCAGGAUCUUCCCUUGUUAAAGUGUGAGCACCCACAGAGUCAAACUGAUUUCUCAGUGCCCAUUUAUUCCCAAGAGAUAGACAGCACCGAUUAUUCAGAGACAGAAGAAACUAAGGAGGUCACAGUAAAGGAAGAAAAACCUGGAGGCCUGUCUUUACUGGGGGAAUUUUUAAUGAGGCAAAGCUACAUCAGUGCAUUAAUAGUCAUGAUGAUAUGGAGUAUUACAUACAACAGCUGGCUGACAUUUGUUCUGCUGCUCUGGUCAUGUGUUAUCUGGAUGAUGAGAGAUCGUCGACGCUAUGCCAUGCUCAGUGCUCCAUUUCUGGCUUUGUAUGCCAACAUUCUGGUCAUCCAAAACUUCUUUGUGGGUUUCAAUAUGUCUCAGGAUGAGCUGUUCCCUGGAAUCCCCAAUGCUGUACUCAUUGAUUUUGACCUAAAACCUUACACAUUGCCAUGCACACAUCUUAUGGUCAAGAUAGUUUAUGCUUUCACGUUUUGGAUACUAUUGCGGCAGAACCUCAAGGAACGUCAUCAAAAGCUGAAGGAAAAUGAAGAUCAACUGAAAGAGGUGCUGGUGGAUGAGACAGAGACCGAGCAGUCAUCUUCUACCUUUAUGGACAUGAUGGGUUCCCUUCUCCGGGCCAUAUUGGUGAAGUACUGGAUUUACUUUUGUGGCGCUAUGUUUUUUGUCAUCAGCUUUCGUGGCAAGGUCGUGGUCUACAAAAUCUUGUACAUCGUCCUUUUCCUGUUCUGUGUGUCCUUGUACAAGAUUCACUAUGAGUGGUGGAGAAGAAUGCUAAAGUAUUACUGGAUCGCUGUUGUCUCAUAUUCCAUGGUAGUUCUCAUUGCUGUCUACGUUUACCAGUUUAAGACCAUCUCUGGACUGUUUCUUCAGAUCCUUGGGAUGUCAGAAGAAGGCCUAAAAGAUCUGGGUUUGGAGCAGUACAGCACCGUUGAGCUCUUUGCUGGAAUUUUAAUGCCUUCCUUGUUCCUUCUGGCCUGCAUCCUGCAACUCUAUUACUUCCAUGAAGACUUCCUAAAGCUCACAGAUCUAAACAACAUCCCCAUUAACCAAGGAGGUGUAGGUGACAGCAAGAAGAAAAUGGAAGAACGUGUUCUCAUGUUGGCUAGUGUGAUAAAGGAAAUCUUUGGGAAUCUCCAUAACAAGUUAGGAAAAAACAAUGAGAAAAAUGUAAGCCAAAGCACCCUGGACAAAAUAGACAAUAUUACCAUGGAUGGGAAUGUGGUGACAGACAGCCAGGAGUUUGCAGAUGGAAAAGUCAACCAGUGGUUUCUAGUGAUUGACAAGCUGAUGUCAAUGCUCCUGAUCCUGCUGGACUUUAUCCACGGCACACAGGUCCUUUUAUGGAGACUUCUGGAACUGCAUAUUAUCAAGAUUGUGUCCUCUAUCAUUAUCUGGAUCACACUUCAAGAGGUGUCCCUGAUGAACUGUCUAUUCUACCUGCCAUGGAUAUUUGCUCUUCCUUUCUCUUUUCUCCGACCCUAUGCCUCCAAUAUCUCCACUGUCUGGUCAUGUGUCAUGGUCAUCUGCAAGAUGAUGUACCAGCUGAAAUUUGUUAAGCCUCUGGAAUACUCUUCCAACUGCACAGAGGGCCUGUACAGCAAUGGGACGCUCUACAGCCCAAUCAGUGAGGAGCUGCAGCAGAAAUCUGUUCUAUAUGUUUCCCCAGUGGAUCCUGCCUUGUGGAGUGGGGGACUACGGAAAUGUCCAGACAGUGUCUUGCCUUGUAUACAGAAUCACCUCACCAUCCUGGCGUUACUGGCCAUUGAAUCAACAGUGUACCGACACCAGCUGUAUUACCGUGUUCACAACCAGCUCCGAACCCCCGUCACAGGGAGCAUCUUUGACAACAUCACACGGAGGCAUCUGGAUGAAGGGCUCCUAAACUGCAUCAAAUACUAUGUGAAUUAUUUCUUCUACAAGUUUGGGCUGGAGGUUUGUUUUGUGAUCUCAGUGAAUGUCAUUGGACAGAGAAUGGACUUCUAUGCCGUCCUCCAUGCCUGCUGGAUGUUGUAUCUGCUCUAUCUGCGCCGGAGAAAAGCCAUUGCUGAAGUCUGGCCAAAUUACUGUUGUUUCCUGGCCACUAUCAUGACUCUUCAGUAUCUGCUGUGCAUCGGUGUCCCACCUGCAUUUUGCUCAGACUACCCAUGGAGAACAUCCUCCUGGUCACCCAGUUCCAACCUUAUCAAGUGGCUCUACCUCCCUGACUUUGCAAAGAGUCCUGAUCCUGUAUUCUUGAUCUACGACUUCAUGCUGCUUCUCUUGGCAUCGCUCCAGUGGCAAGUAUUUGAGGAUGAAAACCUGGCCUGUUUCAGGAUGUUGGCUGGGGACAACAUAGAAAUCAGCAGAGAUUUGGAUCCAGCAGACCUCUGCCAGUACAGCCCUGUGCCCAACUUUAUCCACUGUCGAUCGUACCUGGACAUGGCUAAAGUUGUAGUCUUCAGCUUCCACUUUUGGUUUGUUCUCUGCCUCAUCUUCAUCACAGGGACCACUCGCAUUAAUAUCCUUUGCAUGGGAUACCUGGUAGCUUGCUUCCACUUCAUGUUAUUUGGAGGAACUCUUCUAUUAAAGCCAGUGCGCCACGUACUGAGGCUUUGGGACUAUCUCAUUGCCUACACAGCACUUGUCAUAGCCAUGAAAAAUCUACUUUCGAUUGGGGCAUGUGCCUAUCUCCAUAAGCUAAUGAAAAACAACUGCUGGCUCAUCCAGACCUUCAGUAUGUUCUGUACGAUUAAAGGAUACGAACUAACAAUUCCCUCAGAUGUAGACUGUGAGUUGCCUGAAAAUGAAGCAGGAAUAGUGUGGGAUGCCAUCUGCUUCACCUUCCUUCUCAUCCAGCGUCGUGUGUUCACUAGCUAUUAUUUCCUCUACGUUGUGGCAGAUGUCAAGGCUUCCAAGUUACUUGCUUCCAGAGGUGCUGAACUUUUUGAAGAGAAAGUCAAGAAGGUGGUUGCAGCUCGACUGGAUGAAGAGAAGAAGUGUGCACAGUCCAUGAAGAAGCAAAUGGAGCAGAUCAAAUCUAAGCAGAAGGCGCCCAAACUUGGUAAAGUCACUGAAGAGAAUGCAGAAGAGGACAACUCUGAGCCUUCACCUAAAGACGACAGUGAUAAAAAAGAUGGAAAAAAGAAAUGGUGGCAACCUUGGGUCACCCAUACCACUAUGGUACGUAGUGGGAGUUACAGCCUGUUUGACACAGACAGUGAGGAUGAGGAAGAAGAGAUGCGCGAAGAAAAGAGAGAGGAAGAGCCACCAAAGAAGAAAACAGCAUUUCAGUUGGCGUAUGAAGCCUGGACCGCAGGUUCCAAAUCUGCACUUAAGCUGCGGCAGAACGAUGAGAACACCAUGCGGGAGCAGAGUCGCAAAGAGAUGGAAGGGAAUCCAGAAGAACCUUUAGAGGAGACUGAAGAGAUAGAAUCAGAAGAGGAGAAUGCAGAUGGACCAGACCACAUCUUUCAGAGAAUCAUCCAUAUUGUCCAGUUUUCAUGGGUCUUCAUUCAAGCUCUCACUGAUGACACCAUAGAGACACUAAAUGCUUUCUGCAAGAACAGUAUAGAUGUUGCAACUGUGCUGAGAAUGGAGAGGUGCAUGUUGCAGAGGAACCUAGAUAAAGGAAAAGAAGUUUCCCAGGGCAGUAUAGCUGAGUACUACAAGGCAAAACAGCUCUCUCGGACCCAAACACUAACCAGUGAGGAGAAUGAGGAGUCUGCGGGAGAAGAAACCAUACAGCUAAAGAAGUUAGAGAUAUGCAAGUUCCUAAGCAUGGAAUCCCAGCAAUCCCAGGACAGUUUCCUUUCAAGCUGCCCCACGGAAGAUUUGGUACUGUCUUUUGACGAAUCUCUGGGACCUGAGGAGGGCCAGAGGAUUCGGGGCCCUAAGCGCAUGUUGGCAUUCGACUCAGCGUCCCUUGACAGUCUGGAUUCACGACAAGAUCCACAUGGAGAGCACAAGGAGGAUGAGGAGUAUGACGGUGAAGUUGAGACGUCAGAAUACACAAAGACUGACAUCCCGCCCUCCUACAGCACGGUGAUUGCCAAAGGGGACCUGGAGUCUUCUGAGCCAGAGGAAACAUCCCUGGGUGCAGACAAAAGUUUUAGGCCCCUUACAGAGGUCCCAGAACUCUUGACUGCAAGUGAACUCCUACUCAACAAGAUGUAUUAUGAUGAGGAUUUGGAGCAAUCGGAGAGGUUUUACCAGAUGUUGCCCCGCCCCCUGCGGCUCUGCUUCGCUCUGUAUGACACCAUUGUCUGCAAAUCGGAAAUGCUCUGCUAUUUUGUUAUCAUUCUGAACCACAUGGUGUCAGCCUCUAUUCUCUCCCUGAUCCUGCCAAUCCUAAUCUUCCUCUGGGCAAUGCUCUCUGUGCCCAGACCCACCAAGCGCUUUUGGAUGCUGGCUAUCAUUUAUACUCAGAUUACGGUCGUCAUUAAGUAUUCAUUCCAGUUCGGCUUCUUCCCAUGGACCUCCACCGUCUACCGGAACAUGAAUGCGGACAAACCUUUCCAGCUGCCCAAUAUAAUCGGCAUUGAGAAGAAAGACGGCUACGUGCACUUCGACCUCAUCCAGCUUCUCGCUUUGUUCUUGCACAGAUCUAUUCUGAAGAACCAUGGACUUUGGGACAACAAAGAGGUUUCCCUGCCUGAGUCCAAAAAGAAAAAGAAAGGCAAGAAGGGGAAAAAGCGCGGGAGUAAAGGGGAGGAGGACAACAAUUCGGGCCUGGUUCCGUGGCACCUAUUCAAGCAUCAGAAUCCCUCCAAGAAUGUAUUCCGGAAACGCAAAGUUUCACAGAUGGCAACUGAAGGGAACCCUCAAAAGAAAGAAACAAAGAGGAAAUGGUUCAGAUGGAACCACAAGAAGAAACGUCAGCCCAUAAAGCAAAAGUUAAAACAGCAGUGGAUCAAAGCUAAGAAGCUUACCAUGAAAAUAGCACUUCAGAUCUACCUGCCCAUACGCCAGUUCUUCUACGACAUUAUACAUCCAGAGUACAGUCCUGUCUGCGACGUCUACGCCAUCAUGUUUCUUGUUGACGCGAUCAAUUUCAUCAUUGUCAUCUUCGGGUAUUGGGCAUUUGGGAAACACUCGGCUGCUGCAGAUAUCACAGAGUCUUUGUCGGAUGAUCAAGUGCCGGAAGCUUUUCUCGUUAUGCUCCUCCUGCAGUUUGGUACCAUGAUAGUGGACAGGGCCAUCUACCUACGCAAGACCAUGUUUGGGAAGUGUGUCUUCCAGGUGGUCCUAGUGUUUGGGAUCCAUUUCUGGAUGUUUUUCAUCCUCCCCGGGGUAACAGAAAGAAGGUUCAAUACAAACCAGGUUGCCCAGCUGUGGUACUUUGUGAAAUGCGUGUACUUCGGCCUCUCUGCAUACCAAAUCAAGUGCGGCUAUCCUAACCGUGUCCUGGGCAACUUUCUGACCAAGAGUUACAACUGCAUCAACCUCUUCCUUUUCCAGGGAUUCCGGAUGGUUCCCUUUCUAACAGAGAUGAGGGCUGUGAUGGAUUGGAUUUGGACAGACACCACCUUGAGCCUGUCCAGUUGGAUCUGCGUUGAGGAUUUAUACGCCAAUAUCUUUAUCAUGAAAUGCUGGAGAGAGUCUGAGAAGAAAUAUCCAGAGCCACCUGGGCAGAAGAAGAAAAAGAUUGUCAAAUACGGCAUGGGUGGAGUCAUUAUUUUCGCCCUGAUCUGCAUUAUCUGGUUCCCGCUCCUCUUCAUGUCAUUGGUGAAAUCCGUGGCAGGGGUGACCAAUCAGCCGUUAGAUGUCUCCAUUAAGAUCAGUAUCAGUGGCUAUGAGCCCUUGUUCACCAUGAGCGCCCAGCAGCAGAACCUUGUGCCCUUUUCUUCAGUGGCCUAUAAUGAACUGACCUACAGAUAUGCACUUCACCCGUCUGCGAUGCAGUUCAUAGUCAACUACAUGCCCGAAGACAUUGUUACUGCUAAAAUAAAGAGCAACGCCAGCCUCCUGUGGACCAUUAGCCCAGCCAGUCGAGAUGCAAUGAUCGGGGAACUGUCCAACUCAACACAGAUCUACUUUGACAUCCACUGGAAUAUACUCAGAAAUGCGUCCAUUGUAAAGAGCGCUGAGACCUCUGGGAAACACACGGUGUGCUAUGAAGAUGCAGAAACCAGGGAUCACAUUGUGCAGAUGCUGAAAGGGGAACGCAGUAAGCCUGUGAUGCUGAAGAACAUCUUGCCAAAACAUAUCCGAGCCAACGCUGGUUCCGAAGCCAAAAUCGCACACCGACUGAUAACAGCACAUUCAGAGAAGCCUGAUGAUGUUGAGAAAUACGCUUUUUUCCGCAACCUGACACUGAAGCUAGAGAAGGCGUCUCUUAACUCCACCUCGAGUCAAGUGACAGAAUGGUGGCUGAUCCAGGAAUGGGCUCCGGCCUGUGCUUCCGCCGGGUGCAGCGAAACGAUCAAACUUAUCAUAUACAAUGAUAAGGCGAGUCCACAAAGCCUGGGGUUCCUGGCUGGAUAUGGCAUUGUCGGUCUGUACAUGUCCGUCGUUCUGGUCAUUGGCAAAUUCAUCCGAGAAUUCUUCAACGGAAUCUCUCGUUCAAUCAUGUUCGAAGAGCUCCCGAACGUGGAUCGGAUCUUAAAGCUUUGUACGGACAUCUUCCUGGUGAGGGAGACCGGCGACUUGGACCUGGAGGAGCAGCUAUUUGCUAAACUUAUAUUCCUCUACAGGUCUCCUGAAACCAUGAUCAAAUGGACCAGAGACAAACACGAGGAUUAA